AUGGCAUUACACCUUCCGGGAUUUGGCCUACCCUUCGAUUUCUCUCCGACUAAGAACAAAUAUGGUCAAGAGAUUCAUCUCUUUCCCAGCGCAUUGAAUUCAUCAGAUGAUGAUUCGAGUCCAACUGUAUUGCCCCUAACGACUCUUCGGGAGUUGACAAUGCUCCACGUAAUGAACUCCUUGACUGAUAAGAAGAAUUGGCAGGAUAAGAUCCAUGAUCCCGAAAUUGUCAAGAAGUGGGUAGCAGAAGCUAUCGCAUUCGAGGACAAGGACAUAACGGAGAGCAUGAUGACCUUUUGCAUUAACGAAUUACGAUAUAAAGCUAGAUCUUUUGCCGAAACUGGCUGUGUCACCGUCUUCAAUGGAGACGUGGUCAAAUCUGACAACGCGGUUCCAGUAGAUCUGAUGAACGCCCUAAGGAAGGCCGUGUCUUGCCUCGAAGGCGUCCCGGAGAGAAAGCAGGAUUGGCACCCUGGGUCGGAUGGGAAAGUUCUCGAUCUCGUUCAUCCGUCUCUAUUCCCACUAGUAUAUGGGCGCACACGCAUUCUUCCAGAUAGUGUGCUAGGUCUCGCUGACUGUAUUCAACGCUCAUGCGAAGGGGUAACCAUUCCCGUCCCAGAUACGAAACCAACUGCCAAUCCCCUAAAUCGGUGGGGUCGCCCCAUUAACCCUCAGUACAGCAGACGAUUCCAAUGGUUGCCCUGUGAGGUCGAUCUAUCGGAAGAUUCUCUAAAAAUCACAAGUUACAUCAACAAUCUUCAUCCCCAACGGCAUGCAGAUUUAUACCGAAUUAUCGAGCAAGUGAUUGGCUGCACGAUUCCGCUCUGGAAUAUAACGCUCGCGCCCUUGGCUGUUCCUGGGUCACGCCCACACUGGUUCAAACGAAUUCACUAUCAUGGUAGCUACGAAGACGAAAUUGUUCAGCCAGAACCCAGCCUCUUUUCGCCUCCUACCCCGCAUCCUCCCCUUGAUCUGAGGCUCAAAUAUAUUGAUAGUGGGCUCCAGGUCAUUGUCAAAUUGGCAAAUAUUGAGCUCACCCCCACGAAGCCGAGGUACGAGGGUGGAUCAUGGCAUGUUGAAGGGCAACUUAAUGAGCACAUUUGUGCUACCGCGCUAUACUAUUAUGCCAACGAAAACAUCACCACCAGCCAGCUCUCUUUUCGACAACAAUCAGACGCUGUAAGCGCGACGGAGAUGGAUUACGAACAAGACCGUCAUGAAUUUCUUCCUGCAGUCUUUGGGUGUCAUCAAGGAGGUCCAGGUGUUCAGGUUGUCGGCGGUGUCAAGACCAUCGAGGGACGUCUUCUUACAUUCCCCAACAUUCUCCAACACCAAGUCCAGCCAUUCGAACUCGUAGACCCCAGUAAACCUGGUCAUCGAAAGAUUCUUGCGCUCUUCCUCAUCGAUCCCAACCGCAGAAUAAUCAGUACUGCCAACGUACCUCCGCAACAGAGAGAUUGGUGGCGUGAUGCUGUUGCAGGGACGCCAGGACAUAGUUUCGGGAAGCUGCCUGUCGAGCUGCAGCGUCAUAUUUGUGACUUUGUCGAGGAGUUUCCGAUCAGCUUGGAUGAGGCGAAGGAAAUUAGGCUAGAGUUGAUGGAGGAAAGAAAGAGAUUCGUUGUCGACCAGGGAACGGCGUUUGAAUCUCUGGAGUUUUCCCUAUGCGAACACUGA